AUGGCGUAUAUAGUAGAUCUUCGAUCGGAUACGAUAACAAAACCCACCAAAGCUAUGAAGCAUGCGAUGGUGAAUUCUGCUCUUGGAGACGAUGUAUAUGGAGAAGAUCCGACCGUGAAUGCUUUAGAAAGCAAAGUGGCGACACUUUUGGGCAAACAGGCUGCACUUUUUGUGCCAUCGGGUACUAUGGCCAACUUGAUAGCUGUAAUGGUGCACUGUAACAAGAGAGGCUCAGAGGCAUUCGCUGGACAUCUCUCGCAUAUCUACAAAUAUGAACAAGGAGGUGUUUCACAUGUAGGUGGUGUAUUAUUGAGCACACUUCAAAACAAAUCGGAUGGGACUUUUGACCUAGAAGAGCUAGAGAGCCGUAUACGAGGAAGUGACCUUCACGAGCCUGUCAGUGCCAUGGUUGCAAUUGAGAACACUCAUAAUGUGUGUGGUGGGAAGGUGCUACCUCAAGAGUGGGUCGACAGGUUGGGCGAGGUAUGCUCUAGGCGCGGCCUGGCCUUGCACAUGGAUGGGGCGAGGCUGCUCAACGCGAGCACAUACUUGGGCGAAGCGCCAGCGCGGCUGGUGCAGCCCUGCGACUCGGUGUCGCUCUGCUUCAGCAAGGGCCUCUCCGCACCAGUGGGCUCCGCCCUAGUUGGCUCCUACCAUUUCAUUGAACAAGCGCGGCGGGUGCGCAAGAUGCUGGGCGGCGGGAUGCGGCAGGCGGGCGUGCUGGCCGCGUGCGCCGUGGUGGCGCUGGACGAGGUGGCGCCCAGGCUGCACUACGAGCACAAACGCGCCCGGGUGCUCGCCUCCACCAUUGAAGGAUUAUUCCUCAAGACUUUCUUGGUGGACGUGGAGGGCUUGCACACCAACAUUGUGCUGGUAAGAAUAUCGGAGUCCAGCGCUCUGACAGCGGAUGUGGUGCUACAGCGGCUCGCUCAAGUGUGCCUGGCUGAGACCCAGGGUGAUUGUAAGACCACUAACGACGAAGGGGUAAUAGUGAAAGCGGUGUGCUUUAACCCAAAGACAAUAAGGUUCACUUUGCACAGCGACAUAAACGACGAGGAUUUAUGGCUGGCCAUAAUGAAGAUAAUCUAUGUGUUUAAAGAGCUGGACAAGGCGAAUCCGUUC